AUGGGUCACCAGCAGCUCUACUGGGGCCAUCCAAGGAAAUGUGGCCCGGGCUGUCAUUCCUGCCACAUCUGCUCAAACUGGCAAGGUCUGAUGUGGAAACAUUGCCUCACUGUGUGCUGCCAGUGUUUCCUUUGGUAUGGGAAGAAUAUGGGCUUCAUUAAAUUGGAUUAUGUGAGCCAUCUUGAAUGGGUCCUCCAAGAUACCUACUAUAAUGCCUACUCAUCAUACAUAAAAUAA